AGUCGGAACGUGCUCCAUGGUAACGGGUUUGUUUGGUUUGGUUUGGCAGGUAUUGGAGCCGACACGUCCGCCCCAAGGGGCGGGGCAGUGGCGCGUGUUGCUCUUAGGGAUUCUGGGAAAUGUAGUCCAGGAGCUCUGAGUAGUCGGAGGCCCUUUCGCUCCAGGUUAGGUUCCCGGCCUUGGUGCCUUUCCUAGAGGUUGCAGGUACCUCUGUUUCAUGGACCUAGUCACAUUCUUCUCAGAGGGCCCAGAACAAAGUUGGCAGAGAGGAGUUAGUCAAUGAUUCUGCAUUCCCAAGGCGCUACCCUUCCCCAGAAGCAGGAGGACAAAAUGACCAAGUUCAAGGAUGCAGUGACUUUUAAGGAUGUGGCUGUGGUCUUCACCGAGGAGGAGCUGGGGCUGCUGGACUCCGCCCAGAGGAAGCUCUACCAGGAUGUGAUGCUGGAGAACUUCAGGAACCUGGUCUCUGUGGGGAAUCAAUCCUUCACGCCAAAUAUAAUACCUCAGUUAGAGAGAGAAGAAAAGCUUUGGAUGAUAACACCAGCAACUCAGAGAGAUAGCUCUUCAGGAGCCAAGAAUCUAAAUGAGAUGGAGACUCUUCAAGAAGUAGAGUUAAGGUACCUGUCACAUGAAGAGCUUUUCUGCUCGCAAAUCUGGCAACAAGUUAUACGGGAGUUAACCCGGGGUCAAGAUUCCAUGGUAAACAUUCAAGGAACUAUUUCUCAGUUGCAAAAACAAAGUGAUGCACCCUAUAAGGAUGAGUGUGGUAAAGGCUUUCGUUGGAGUUCACAUCUUCAAUUUCAUCAGAGUAUCCACCUUGGAGAAAAACUCUUGGUAGGGGAGGAAUGUGGAAAAGGUUUCAUUUGGAACUCUCAUCUUCAGCGUAACCAGAGGGUCCAUGCAGAAGAGAAGCCAUAUAAAUGUGAAAAAUGUGAUGAUACCUUCCGUCGGUUCUCAAGUCUUCAAGCCCACCAGAGAAUCCACAGUAGAGAGAAAUCAUAUAAACAUGAUGUGUUGCAUAAGGGCUUCAAUCACAGGUCAUAUCUUCACCGUCAGCGAGUCCACACUAGAGAGAAUCCAGACAAAUACGAAGAGUGUGGGAGGAACAUUGGGAAAAGCUCAUACUAUCAAGCUCAUCAGAUAGCCCACAGAGGAGAGAAACCCUAUAAAUGUGAGGAGUGUGGGGCAGGCUUCAGUCAGAGUUCAUAUCUUCGAGGCCAUAAGAGAGUCCACACUACAAAGAAACCUUAUAAAUGUGAUGAGUGUGGCAAGGGCUUCAGUUGGCGUUCACGACUACAGGCUCACCAACGAAUCCACACUGGAGAAAAACCAUACAAAUGUGAUGCAUGUGGUAAGGGCUUUAGUUAUAGUUCACACCUUAACAUUCAUUGUAGAAUCCACACAGGAGAGAAACCAUAUAAAUGUGAGGAGUGUGGGAAGGGCUUCAGCGUGGGUUCACACCUUCAAGCCCAUCAGAUAAGCCACACUGGAGAGAAACCAUAUAAAUGUGAGGAGUGUGGGAAGGGCUUCUGUCGGGCCUCAAAUCUUCUGGACCAUCAGAGAGGUCAUACUGGAGAGAAACCGUAUCAAUGUGAUGCAUGUGGUAAGGGCUUUAGUCGUAGCUCAGAUUUUAACAUUCAUUUUAGAGUCCAUACAGGAGAAAAACCCUAUAAAUGUGAGGAGUGUGGUAAGGGCUUUAGCCAAGCCUCAAAUCUGCUGGCCCAUCAAAGAGGCCACACUGGAGAAAAACCAUACAAAUGUGGUACAUGUGGCAAAGGCUUCAGUCGUAGUUCAGAUCUUAACGUUCAUUGUAGAAUACACACAGGAGAAAAACCCUAUAAAUGUGAGAAGUGUGGUAAGGCCUUCAGUCAGUUCUCAAGUCUUCAAGUCCAUCAGAGAGUCCACACUGGAGAGAAACCAUAUCAAUGUGCAGAAUGUGGGAAGGGUUUCAGUGUAGGUUCACAGCUUCAAGCCCAUCAGAGAUGCCACACUGGAGAGAAACCAUAUCAAUGUGAGGAGUGUGGGAAGGGCUUCUGUCGGGCCUCAAAUUUUCUGGCUCAUCGUGGAGUCCACACUGGAGAGAAGCCAUACCGAUGUGAUGUGUGUGGUAAGCGCUUCAGACAGAGAUCAUACCUUCAAGCCCAUCAGAGGGUCCACACUGGAGAGAAGCCAUACAAAUGUGAGGAGUGUGGGAAAGUCUUCAGUUGGAGUUCGUACCUUCAAGCCCAUCAGAGAGUCCAUACUGGAGAAAAACCAUACAAAUGUGAGGAGUGCGGGAAGGGCUUCAGUUGGAGUUCAAGUCUUAUAAUUCACCAGCGAGUCCAUGCUGAUGAUGAGGGUGAUAAGGGUUUUUCUUCAUCAGAGAAUUCAUACAGGAAAGAAACUAAAGCUGAAUUGUCCCAGACCCCUUCUGAGGGCUUCCAGCUGGCCCGCUCGGAUAUCAUUGUGGUUUAUCUGGAAGGGCCACUUAAUCGUGGUGUUUCACAACCUUUUCCUUUUCCAGCUCUGACUCUUCAAAAAGAGCUGGACAGAGGAGAAGGGUGCGACUCCUUGGAUGCUUGGCAGAAGGGCCCCACACGAAAAGAGAAAAUGAGCACAUCCAAGGAAGCAGUGACAUUCAAGGAUGUGGCUGUGGUCUUCUCUGAGGAGGAGCUGGGGCUGCUGGACUCUGCUCAGAGGAUGCUGUAUCGAGAUGUGAUGGUGGAGAACUUCAUGAACCUGGUCUCCAUGGGGAUUCAGCCCUUCAAACACAAUAUAUUCUACUUGGCAAGGGAAAAAAGUCUUUGGAUAACGAAGCCAAGAACCCAAAGAGGAGGGAAUUCAGGAAGCAAGAUCCAAAGUGGGGUGGAGACUACUCCAGAAGCACAACCGCAUAAGGAACUUGCCUGUUGGCAAAUCUGGCAACAAAUUGCAAGUGUAUUAACCAGAUACGAAGACUCCAUGAUAAAUAGUUCUCAGUUCCACAAACAGGGUGAUUCGCCCUGCCAGGCUGAGGCAGAACCAUCUAUUACUAACACAGGAGAGACAUUUUAUCGGUGUAAUGAGUGUAUGGAAACCUUCAGUGAUGUCUCCAGCUUUGAUCUUCAUCAACAAUCACACUCAGCAGAGAAGUCUCAUACAUGUAGUGAGUGUGGAAAAAGCUUCCGUUAUAGCUCAGUUCUUCGUAUUCAUCAGAGAGUUCACAUGAAAAAGAAACUCUGUAAGUGUGUUGACUGUGGUAAGGAGUUUAGUCAGAGCUCACAUCUGCAAACUCAUCAGAAAGUCCACACUGUAGAGAAAUUACCCAAAUGCAAAGAAUGUGGGAAAGGCUUCAGUCACAGAUCAACACUUAGUGUUCACUGCAAAGCCCAUACACAAGAGAAACCUUGUAAUGUCGAGGAGUGUCAGAGGGGCUUUAUUUGUGCGUCAUAUCCUCGGGAACGUCAGAAAAUCAACACUGGGAAGAAACGUUUCAAAUGUGAUGCUUGUGGUGAGAACUUCCGUCGUAGAUCAGCACUUAAUACUCAUUAUUUGCUUCACCCAGGAGAGAAACCGUACAAAUGUGAGGAGUGUGGGAAGGGCUUUAAUCAGGCCUCCCAUCUUCUGAUCCAUCGGAGAGGCCACAGUGGAGAAAAACCAUUCAAGUGUGAAGAGUGUGGGAAGCGCUUUGUUCAGAAGUCACACCUUCGAUCCCAUCAGGGAAUCCACGCAAGAGAGAAACCAUACAAAUGUGAGGAGUGUGGAAAGAGCUUUAUGACAAAAUACUAUUAUGAAUUUCAUCUGGUAGCCCACACUGGAGACAAACCCUAUAAAUGUGAAGUGUGUGGGAAAGGCUUCAGUCGUAGAGGAGAUCAUAAAAUUCAUUGUAGAAUCCACAUAGGAGAGAAACCCUAUAAUUGUGAGGAAUGUGGCAGGGCCUUCAUUCGUGCUUCACGUUUUCGGGAACAUCAGAGAAUCCACACUGGGGAAAAACCAUUCAAAUGUGAUGCAUGUGGUAAGAACUUCCAUUUUAGAUCAUCAUUUAUUAAUCAUUACAGAAUGCACACAGGAGAGCAACCAUACAAAUGUGAGCACUGUGGGAAGGGUUUCAGUUUUCGCUCAAAACUUUAUAUCCAUAAGAGGGUCCAUACAGGAGAGAAACCCUAUAAUUGUGAGAAAUGUGGGAAGGGCUUCACUCAAGCUUCAUAUCUUCUGACCCAUCAGAAAGUCCACACUGGAGAAAAGCCAUUCAAAUGUAAAUAGCAUGGGAAAGGAUUUGGUCAGAAUUCAUGGUGGAGCUAUGGUCUUCACAGUCACUAGAAGGUCCACACAGGAGAGAAACUGUACAGAUGGUGUGCUGAAGUCUUCCAUCAGUCUUCAGAACUUCAGUGUCAUCAGAAAAUUUUUACAGGAGAGAAACCUCACAAAUGUAAGACAUGUAGUAAGCACUUUAGGUUGAGUUCAGAUCUUGUAAGACAUCAAAGAAUCCAUGGUGAUGAUAAGUUUUAUAAAAGUAAUGAGAGUGAUGAACUUAAGAGAAUCUUCAGAUUAAAAAAGUUCUAUAAAAUUAUUUAUAAAAAUUCAUGUGCAGCCUGAAUUCUUGUGUUCAUUGGGUCUUCUAGAAGGUAAAACAUUUAUUUCGAUAGAGUCAGUGUUUCUGCCAUAGCUCAACAGAUCCUGGUGGUCGAGAGGCCACACAGCAGAAAACCUUUGUAAGUGGUGCAGUGCGGGCUUCUCUCAGAACCUUGACAGUUUCCAGAUAUCACUCAGGAGCUAGGACCUAGAAAGAGUUCGAUCAUGUCUUAACAAAAGUAUAAUGAUGGACAUGUCAAAAUCAGCGUCCACUAUGAUGUAAGCUCCACGAGGGCAAGGAUUUGUUGAUUUCUGGUGAAUCUACACAACCUUACCAUUGAAUAACACUUCAUAAGUGUGCUCAGUACUUUGUUGUUGUUGUUAGCUGCCUUUGAGUUGGCCCUGACUCAGCAUCCUUGUACACAGUGCAUCAGACAAUGUUUCCUUGUGAUCUAUAGCAUCUUUGUUGACUGAUUUUCAGAAGUAGGUUACCAUCUCUUUCUUCCUAGUCUGUCUUAGACUAGAAGCUCCUCUGAAACCUGUUUGAUAUCAAAGCAACCCACAAGACAUCACUGAUGGCUGGUGGCUGCACAUGAGGUAUACUGGCCAGAAAUCGAACCCAGGUCUUCGGCAUGGAAAGUGAGAAUUGUACCACUGAACCACUGAUACAUCACACUUGCUUGUUAAGUGUAACAAAAGGGGAAAAUGUACAAUAUUUGAGAAUUGUAUCCAGAAGAGUACACUUGUAAAAUAAAAUCUUAAUUAAUGGAAACAAACAGUUGAGAUGCAGAAAACUAUUCAGUACUGCAGUCCACAAUAUUAAUUUGGUAUCAACAUAUUGAUAUAUGUGCAAUUGGCUCUUGUUAUUCCUCCAUCUUCUCCUGUUCUCAAAUUAUUGUUUGGGCCUCUAGGUUGUAUACAGUAUAAAUUCAAUUUCUGUACUCCAGAGAGUACAGAUAAUUUUUGUUAACCUUGGAAUAACCAAACCAGAAAACCAAACCUAUUGCCAUCCAGUGGAUUUCAACUCAUAGUGAUUCUAUAGGACAGAAUAGAACUGCCCCCUAGGGUUUCCAAGGAGCAGUUGGUGGAUUUGAACUGCUGACCUUUCGGUUAGCAGCCAAGCUCUUAAUGCCUGCACCACCAGGGCUCCUUGCGAUAACAGAACAUUGCUUCUUACACAAUUGAAUGUGUUUUCAACAAGAAGUGGUUUGCUGUAAUACUUUCAACUAGGUGCCAAUGACAAAACUUUUCUCUAUGGAUUAAUCGUUGGUUCUGAUUCUCUGCAUUUCCAUCCAUGCAUUGAUAUGAUUGCCUUCUAAUUAGUAUAGCAUUCCUUUUAUCAAAAAUCAGGUAUGGGUCAUUCUAAAUUUCAAGGACAGUAAUUUUGUCAAGUUCCCUCUCCCAUAUUCUACACUCAUGAUAAAAAUACCUAAAUAAAUAUGAAACAUUGGAAUUUGGUUUCAUCAAAUGAAUUCAUUUUUGAGACUAACAUUUAUACUUUAUUGGUGGCAAUAAAAACAUGGCUUUUGGAAAGGAGAAAAUGUCAGAAUGUGUAUCUUUGACUUGGAAAUCAUGGGAUAGGAUAUUAAGAGAUUGGAACAUAGAAGAAAUGGGUACCACAUUAAUGAUGGUAUUCAGUUUUUUAAAGUGGAUAUAAAAAAUGUUCAUAAUCGGAAGUUUUUUCAGUUUUGAUAUAUUUUCUAGUAAUAUGAAGUUACUAAAAUAAUGGAACAGACAUGUAAUAUAACAGAAGAAGGACAAUAUGGGCUUUAGGAAAUCAUAGAUUGUAGCCAUUAUAGUAUCAAAUUUUUGUGUAUGUGUUCAUGUUUGUGUACACAAACAAUGUGUAAGGGAUUACUGAUAGUGAUUUUUUCACAGUGUUUAAGGGAUUGCUGAUACUUAGGGAUUUUUUCUGGCGAGGAGCAUUUUGUGGGAUUUUUCCAUUUUAUAAUUACUAUAAAGUGUAUGUUUUAAUUUUGCAGUGAACAUCAAUUUUAGCAAAGCUCUGGAAAGUAGUAUGGCAGUUCGUGGUGGUUAAUGUUAUAUGUCAGCUUAAUUAGGUUAUGAUUCUCAGUGGUUCUUCAAACAUUGGACUGACUGCCCUUCCAUAAGUAAUGUAACCACCUCAAUGAUGUCUUCUGAUGUGAUCAGCCAGCCAAUGAGUUGUAAGGGGAGUUUCCUCUGGGGUGUGGCCUGUAUCCAAUAUAUACACGCUUUCUGGCAAAGCUUGCUGGUGCUUACUCUUGAUGCUGCAUCUGACCGAUCAUCAUCUGACCUCUGGUUCUUGGGAUGUGAGCCAGCAGCCGUUGCCUAACCUGCAGAUUUUGGGAUUCACCAGCUCUCACAGCCCCAUGAGCCAACACCCUACUGUCUGACCUGAUUUAGGGUUCCUCAGCCCCUGCAACCAUGUGAGUUAGGGAAGCUUCCAGCUUAAUGCCUGAACCAUGGAUUUGGAACUUGCCAGCCUCCACAACAGCAUGAGCCAUUUCCUAGAGAUAAAUCUCUCUUCCCUUCUGCCACCCCAUAUAUACACAUCACUAGUUUUUCUUCUCUAGAGAACUCAGCUUAAGAUAUGGUUCCUCAAAAAGUUAAUCAUAGAAUUACCAUAUAACCAGUCAUUUCAUUCCUAGCUAUACAACCCCAAGAACUGAAAACAUGAAUCUUGCACACAAAUGUCCAUAGCAGCACUAUUCACAAUAGACAAAAUAUAGAAAGAACCCAAAUGUUCUGAUGAAUGAAUAAACAAAAUAUGGUAUAUAGCUCCUACUUCCUUAUCAACUAUGUCAUUAUCUGGCAUUUUGCAUUGACAACUGUAGUAAAAAAUCUAGUAUCCAAAUAUUUUGAGCUUUAACAAUGUAUGUCUGGCAGUAACAGUAACGAACGCCAGGGUGCAAGGUAAGAGUAAUGCUGGAUUUGAUGGUUAAGUUUAUGUGUUAACUCGGCAGGGUCAUGAUUGUCAGUGGUUUGGCAGUUAUGUAAUGAAGUAGUCAUCCUCCAUUUUGUGAUCCUCCAUUUUUGCAUAACAUCCUGGUCUUUGGAACCUAACCAUGUCGAUAAGUGAGAAGAGCGUGUAUACGUACAAUUUAAUAUUCAGCCAUAAAGAGAACUGAAGUACUGAUGCAUACUACAACAUGGAUGAACCUUGAAAACAUUAUGGUAAGUUAAAGAAGCCAGAAACAAAAGGUCAUUAUGUGAUUCCAGUUAUAUGCAAUAUCCAGAAUAGAUAAAUCCAUAGCAUAUUGGUGGUUGCCAGGGGUAGCGUUGUUGUUAGGUGCCAUUGAGUCAAUUCCAACUCACAGCAACCCUAUGAACAACAGAAUGAAACACUUCCCAGUCAUGUGCCAUCCUCACAAUUGUUACCAUGCUUGAGCCAAUAGUAGCCACUGUGUCAAUCCGUCUUGUUGAGGGUCUUUCUCUUUUUCGAUGACCUUCCACUUUACCAAGCAUGAUGUCCUUUUCCAGGGACUGGUCCCCUCUGACAACAUGUCCAAAGUAUAUGAGACUCGGUCUUGCCAUCCUUGCAUCCAAGGAGUACUCUGGUUGCACUUCCUCCAAAACAGAUUUGUUCGAGGCAGAACCAAGAUGGCGGAAUAGACAGACGCUUCUGGCGAGGCCUCUUUAGCACAAAGACCCGAAAAAACAAGUGAAACAAGUAUAUUUGUGACAAGCUAGGAGCCCUGAGCAUCAAAGGUAAGCUUAGAAAACAAAUGGGGGGCAGGGGGAGGAAGAGACGUUUCAGGAGCGAAGUUACCAGACCCGAAUCACAGGGAGCCCUUGGGCACCAUUCCCAGAGUAGCGGCAGUGGGCUGGUACUAGUGUUCCGCUGCAGUUUCCUCAGGGAGAAGCAGCCAGCCACACAGCCUACUUACACCUCCAGAACCAGAGAAGAAUGGCACUCUCUGCAAAAGCUAAGUACUUGCGUAUAUUUUACCGCACCCCACCCUCACCCCAAGCUGGCUUUAGUGGCUGAAUCCCCUGGGCCUGAGAUAGGCACUGUUGAGCACCUAGAGCCAUCCUCCCGGCCUUGGAGGAGGAAAAAAUUUGCAAUUGGGGGAAAAGAUAAUUUGUCAGCUCCACUAACGGGGAGCUCAGAACAGAAGUGGCUCUCGUCCAGGCAUAAAUGGCCCGUGGACUUUGAGCACCUUUCUCUUCUGCAC